AUGGAUGCAGGGUUUCCCAUAGAAGAUAUAGCCCCGAUCGCCAUUCUCAUGGAUGAAUUGCGUUCAGAGGAUGUACAACUACGCUUGAACGCUAUUCACAGCAUACCUACAAUUGCAUUGGCUCUAGGACCCGACCGUGCACGAGAAGAGCUGGUCCCUUUUCUGCAAGAUUCAGUUGAUGAUGAGGAUGAGGUUCUGCUUGCACUCGCCGAGGAGUUGGGAAGGAACUUCGAGGAAUAUAUUGGCGGGAAGGAGCACGCUCACAUACUCUUGGGCCCUCUUGAAAAUCUCUCUGCAGUGGAGGAGACGCUCGUACGAGAGAAGGCUGCCGAAUCUAUCACCAAAGUUGCCGCUGCCCUCUCUCAGUCACAAAUCGAACAAUAUUACAUCCCAUUACUCAAGCGCUUAUCCCAAGGCGAAUGGUUUACUUCGCGGACGUCAUCAGCGGCUCUCUACUCAGCAGUGUAUGCCAAAGUAUCGCCAGCCAUCCAAGACGAUCUCCGCAAAGGGUUUACAUCCCUUGGUUCAGAUGAUACGCCCAUGGUCCGGCGAGCAGCUGCGAAAUGGCUCGGACCGCUCUUGCAACAUUUCUCUCAGCCGCACAUUCUGUCGGAUGGACUACCUAUCUAUCGAAAACUGCAGCAGGAUGAACAAGAUUCGGUUAGAUUGCUGACAGUUGAAGAUCUGAUUGUCAUUGCAAAGAGAUUAUCGCCACCCGAGGUCAAGGAGCAAUUGUUGAGGCAAAUCAAGCAAAGUAUUGGAGAUAAGAGUUGGCGCGUCAGAUACAUGGCCGCCACCCAUUUCAACGAGUUAUCGGAAGCUGUGGGCGUCGAGAUUGUGCGAGAGGAACUCAUUGGGCAAUAUGUUCAGCUCCUCAAGGACAACGAAGCUGAGGUUAGAUCUGCUGCUGCGUCUCAGAUUCCGGGUUUUUCAAAACUUCUUGAUAAAGAGGUCAUACUGGCUCGCGUCGUGCCCUGUGUCCGGGAUCUCUCGCAAGACUCCUCUCAGCAUGUCCGUGCAGCUCUAGCAAACCAGAUAAGCGGGUUGGCUCCUUUAUUGGGCAAGGAGGCUACCAUCGAACAUCUCCUACCCCUUUUCCUUCAUCUCCUGAAAGACGAUUUCCCGGAGGUACGACUGAAUAUUAUCAGCAAGUUGGAGGUUGUCAACACUGUUAUUGGGAUCGAAUUGCUGUCGGAGAGUCUACUGCCAGCGAUUGUAGAGCUGGCCGAGGACAAAUCGUGGAGAGUGCGACAGGCAAUCAUCGAAUAUAUACCCCUCCUUUCGAAUCAGCUUGGGAAGCCAUUCUUCGACGAACAACUGGGAAAUCUCUGCAUGUCAUGGCUGGGCGACACAGUCUAUAGCAUUCGAGAAGCUGCUACAGUCAACUUGAAGAAAUUGACGGAGGUGUUUGGCGUCGAGUGGGCCAAGGUCGCCAUUGUACCCAAGGUCAUGGGCAUGGGUGCUCACCCCAACUAUCUGUUCAGGAUGACAACGGUGCAGGCAAUCACCACCAUCACCCCUUCACUCACACUGGAAAUUAUUCGUUCUGAUGUCAUUGGGCCUCUCCUAGAAUUAGCGAAGGAUCCGAUACCCAAUAUCCGUUUCAAUGUUGCAAAAGCUUUGGAGAUCAUGGCGACUUCGGUUGGCGGAACCCCAGAAGGCAGAACGUUCGUCCACGAAUUGAUCAAGCCUACGCUGGAGAAACAGAAAAACGACGCCGACGCGGAUGUUCGCUACUUCGCUACGCGGGCCCUCCAAAAGGCAGCCGCGCUUGAUUCCUAA